AACAUCGCGAGACGAGCAUACGGCCUUAGAAACUUUUUUUAGAGACACCCGGUAGCUCAGUGGUUAAAGCGCUGGCUUCACAAGCCAGAGGACCGGGAUUCGAUUCCCCGGCCGGGUGGAGAUAUUUGGGUGUCUCCUUUCACGUGUAGCCCCUGUUCACCCAGCAGUGAGUAGAUAGAUUAUGAUUUGAACUACCAAGACACAUUUUAGGACCAGGAUAAAUCCGUGAUUCAAGUUUCAGCAGCACAAUGAUCAUUAAAGAAGCAGUACACUUUGGCCUGAAUAGAGCAAUGCUAGCACGUUUGGGCGUGAUGGGCUGUGUGAGCUGUGGGCGACGGGGAUUAUCCACAGGACAAGUGAUCCUCUCUCGCUCUGCUAUUUACAAAAUGUUAGUAAAGGACAGUAAUAAAAGAAAAAAGAAACAUGUGGGUUUUGACUUGCCAAGAGUGGCUGAGACACCAACAGUGGUGACAGAAAGUGGGAGCAAAGCACCAAAAAUACCCAAGUAUUCAUCUCGUCUUCGGAAUCUCAACAAGGUGUUCCUUGACAACAUUACAGACAUCCUCUCAACUGGAGAACUGGCCAGCCAGCUUUAUGGUCGUGGCCUUGAAUUGUCUCAGGUCUCCAUUCACCCCAAUUUGCAGGGCAUCAAUGUAUAUUGGGUAACCACUGGGAACCCUGAGAAGGACCAGGAAACACAAGAACUCCUGAAUUUCCAUGCCAAGGCAGUUCGGCACAAGCUGAGUAAUCUUCGCAUCAUUGGGCACUCCCCUCCUAUAUACUUCCUCAGAGAUGACCGUCAGUACAAGCUGCAGGAAGUGGAGAGGCUGCUGGCCAUUGCUGACUUUGGUGAGGAUUUUGAACCAACCAAUCCUGCCCACCACCUGAAGGCUGACGUUCCCACCCUUCCUGUGCUGUUGGACACCGAGCUUAAGGAUGCCAUCAAAAACUUGGAAGGAGAAGACAGCCAAAAAGAAGGCUUACCAGAUCCCUUUAAGGAGGCCCUUAGAAUUGCCAUUUCCCAGCCUUCACAAGGAGAGGAUAUUAGUGAUAAUACUUUUGUACUCCCUUCUGAUCUACCAACCAUGAGAGGAGAUGUGUUGGGCGUCAACGCAAGUAAAUUAUACUCUAUGAUCCAUCAGAGCUUGAAGAGAGCAAGAGCAGAACACAGGAGAGAGGUUAAGAUAGUUUCUCAGGCCAGCCUCUUAGACCAUCACCCACUGGAAUCUAUGAGUCUUUUCAGUAACACUGGGAAACAGGCAAUUCAAAAAUGGGCCAACCAGUACAGGCAAAUACAGAAGAAGGAGACAUGCAAGAAAAACAAGGAAGCUGCCUUACUAAACUAUCCUGGAGAUCUCUCUUAUCAGGACUUGCAGGAGGAGGAUAUGGAGGUGGAGUGGGUAGAGGAGGAAGAUUAUAUUGAUGAGUUUGAAUAAAAGAUGGUAUUGAAAAUUGAUGGACAUUU